AUGGAGCCGGCAGAGCGGGCGGGCGGCGGGGAUCCCCCGGAGCCCGGCGGGCGGCCCGGCCAGGCCCCGCGGGGCUUCGUCCCGCAGAAGGAGAUCGUCUACAACAAGCUGCUGCCCUAUGCCGAGCGGCUGGACGCCGAGUCCGACUUGCAGCUGGCCCAGAUCAAAAGCAACCUGGGCCGGGCCGUGCAGCUCCAAGAGCUGUGGCCCGGGGGCCUCUUCUGGACCAGGAAACUCUCCACAUAUAUUCGACUUUAUGGAAGAAAAUUUAGCAAAGAAGAUCAUGUUCUUUUUAUCAAGUUAUUGUAUGAGCUGGUAUCAAUUCCAAAACUGGAAAUCAGCAUGAUGCAGGGAUUUGCCCGUCUCUUGAUCAAUUUGUUAAAGAAAAAGGAACUUCUUUCAAGAGAUGAUUUGGAGUUACCUUGGAGACCACUUUAUGACAUGGUGGAAAGAAUAUUAUAUUCCAAGACAGAGCACCUGGGAUUAAAUUGGUUUCCUAAUUCUGUAGAAAAUGUUCUCAAAACACUCGUGAAAAGCUGCCGGCCAUACUUUCCAGCAGAUGCCACAGCUGAGAUGCUAGAAGAAUGGCGGCCUUUAAUGUGCCCUUUUGACGUAACAAUGCAAAAGGCCAUCACUUAUUUUGAAAUAUUUCUUCCUACCUCCCUUCCUCCAGAACUUCAUCAUAAAGGUUUUAAACUUUGGUUUGAUGAAUUAAUUGGCCUUUGGGUUUCAGUGCAAAAUCUCCCACAGUGGGAGGGGCAACUAGUAAAUCUCUUUGCUCGAUUGGCUACAGAUAAUAUAGGGUACAUAGAUUGGGAUCCAUAUGUACCAAAGAUAUUUACAAGAAUUCUGAGAAGCUUGAACCUCCCAGUGGGAAGCAGUCAAGUGUUAGUCCCAAGAUUUUUAACAAAUGCUUAUGAUAUAGGACAUGCUGUAAUAUGGAUCACCGCUAUGAUGGGUGGACCAAGUAAGCUAGUACAGAAACACUUGGCUGGUUUGUUUAACAGCAUCACAUCUUUUUACCACCCUUCAAAUAAUGGGCGCUGGCUGAACAAGUUAAUGAAACUACUUCAGCGGUUGCCAAACAGUGUUGUUAGAAGAUUACAUCGUGAAAGAUACAAGAAGCCUUCUUGGUUAACUCCCGUGCCUGAUAGCCAUAAGCUUACUGAUCAAGAUGUUACAGACUUUGUACGAUGCAUUAUUCAACCUGUCCUCUUGGCUAUGUUUAGCAAAACUGGUAGUUUAGAAGCAGCCCAGGCUCUGCAGAAUCUUGCACUCAUGAGACCUGAAUUAGUAAUACCCCCUGUACUUGAAAGAACAUAUCCUGCACUGGAGACUUUAACAGAACCUCACCAGCUCACAGCUACUUUAAGUUGUGUAAUUGGAGUGGCCCGCAGUUUAGUAUCAGGGGGCAGAUGGUUUCCUGAAGGUCCAACACACAUGCUACCUCUGUUGAUGAGAGCAUUGCCUGGGGUGGAUCCAAAUGACUUCAGUAAAUGCAUGAUCACAUUCCAGUUUAUAGCAACAUUUUCCACUCUGGUGCCUUUAGUAGAUUGUUCAUCUGUACUACAAGAAAGAAAUGACCUCACAGAGGUGGAACGAGAACUUUGUUCAGCCACAGCUGAAUUUGAGGAUUUUGUCUUACAGUUUAUGGACAGAUGUUUUGGACUUAUAGAAAGUAGCACAUUGGAGCAAACAAGAGAAGAGACAGAAACUGAGAAAAUGACUCACUUGGAGAGUUUGGUCGAAUUAGGUCUGUCUUCUACAUUUAGUACAAUCCUCACACAAUGUUCCAAAGAAAUAUUUAUGGUCGCCCUUCAGAAAGUUUUUAAUUUUUCUAUUUCACAUAUAUUUGAAACAAGAGUAGCGGGCCGCAUGGUGGCAGACAUGUGCCGUGCUGCUGUAAAGUGCUGCCCAGAGGAGUCAUUGAAGUUAUUUGUUCCUCACUGCUGCAGUGUUAUAACUCAGCUUACAAUGAACGAUGAUGUGUUAAAUGAAGAAGAGCUAGAUAAGGAGCUGCUAUGGAAUCUUCAGCUUUUGUCGGAGAUUACUCGAGUAGAUGGGAAGAAGUUGCUUCUUUAUAGGGAGCAGCUUGUAAAGAUUCUCCAAAGAACUCUACACCUGACCUGUAAGCAAGGCUACACUCUGUCUUGUAACCUUCUGCACCACCUCCUUCGCUCUACGACGCUCAUCUAUCCCACCGAGUACUGCAGUGUGCCAGGUGGCUUCGACAAGCCUCCUUCUGAAUACUUUCCUAUCAAGGACUGGGGUAAACCAGGGGACUUGUGGAAUCUGGGCAUCCAGUGGCAUGUUCCUUCUUCAGAGGAAGUGGCUUUUGCCUUCUAUCUUUUGGACUCCUUUCUUCAGCCUGAGCUCAUCAAACUCCAGCACUGUGGUGAUGGUGAACUUGAAAUGUCUAGAGAUGAUAUUCUACAGAGUCUGACUAUAGUGCACAACUGUUUAAUUGGCUCAGGAAACCUCCUACCUCCACUGAAAGGAGAGCCAGUUACUAACUUGGUACCAAGUUUGGUGUCCUUGGAAGAGACAAAGUUGUAUACUGGACUUGAAUAUGAUCUAUCCAGAGAGAACCACCGAGAAGCAAUUGCUAGGGUCAUAAGGAAACUUCUUAACCACAUACUUAACAAUUCAGAGGAUGAUACCAAGUCUUUGUUUCUUAUCAUAAAGAUUAUUGGAGACCUUUUGCAGUUCCAAGGAUCGCACAAGCAUGAAUUUGACUCUCGUUGGAAAAGCUUUAACCUAGUAAAGAAAUCAAUGGAAAAUCGGCUCCAUGGAAAAAAACAACAUAUCAGAGCACUAUUGAUUGACAGAGUAAUGUUGCAGCAUGAGCUACGAACUCUGACUGUUGAGGGAUGUGAAUAUAAAAGGAUACAUCAAGAGAUGAUCAGAGAUCUGCUUCGUUUAUCUACAAGUUCAUACAGUCAGGUCAGAAACAAGGCUCAGCAAACAUUUUUUGCUGCCUUGGGCGCAUAUAACUUCUGUUGCAGAGAUAUCAUUCCCUUGGUUUUGGAGUUCUUACGGCCGGAUAGACAAGAUGUCACACAACAGCAGUUCAAGGGUGCCUUGUACUGUCUCCUUGGAAAUCACAGUGGUGUAUGUUUGGCAAACCUUCAUGAUUGGGACUGUAUUGUACAGACUUGGCCAGCAAUUGUUUCUUCUGGGCUUAGCAAAGCAAUGUCCUUGGAAAAACCAUCAAUAGUGAGACUGUUUGAUGAUCUUGCAGAAAAGAUUCAUCGGCAAUAUGAAACAAUUGGCUUGGACUUCACAAUUCCAAAGUCCUGUGUUGAAAUAGCAGAAUUACUUCAACAAUCAAAAAACCCCUCUUCCAACCAGAUAAUGCUUAGUUCAGAAGAAAUUAAAGAAGGACUUAAGCGCCAACAAGAAAAGAAUGCAGAUGCCCUGAGGAACUAUGAAAAUUUGGUAAACACUUUAUUAGAUGGUGUGGAGCAGAGAAACUUGCCUUGGAAGUUUGAACAUAUAGGCAUUGGGCUUCUAUCUCUGCUCUUGAGAGAUGACCGAGUGUUACCUCUUCGUGCCAUACGUUUUUUUAUUGAGAAUCUCAACCAUGAUGCGAUUGUAGUCCGAAAGAUGGCAAUCUCAGCUGUGGCUGGUAUUCUUAAGCAGCUCAAAAGAACCCACAAAAAGCUGACCAUCAACCCCUAUGAAAUGAGUGGAUAUUCUAAACCUACCCAAAUUCUUGCUGGUGAUAGGCCUGAUAAUCAUUGGUUGCAUUAUGAUAGCAAAAGUAUACCAAGAACCAAGAAAGAAUGGGAGUCCAGCUGCUUUGUGGAAAAAACUCACUGGGGAUACUACACUUGGCCGCAGAAUAUGGUUGUUUAUGCUGGUGUGGAAGAGCAGCCUAAGCUGGGCAGAAGCAGGGAGGAUUUGACAGAGGCUGAACAGAUUAUAUUUGAUCAUUUUUCUGAUCCUAAAUUUGUUGAACAGUUAAUUACUUUUCUAUCUUUAGAAGACAGAAAAGGAAAAGAUAAGUUUAAUCCUCGCCGUUUUUGCCUCUUUAAGGGCAUAUUCAGAAAUUUUGAUGAUGCAUUUCUGCCAGUUCUGAAGCCCCAUUUAGAACGUUUGGUUGCAGACUCACAUGAAAGCACCCAGCGAUGUGUUGCAGAAAUUAUAGCUGGUUUAAUCAGAGGUUCUAAGCAUUGGACGUUUGAAAAGGAAAGCAGAGAUCCCCGGAAACUUCAUUGGCUCUUUGAGCUACUGUUGGAAUCACCAUUGAGUGGUGAAGGAGGAUCCUUUGUAGAUGCAUGUCGACUCUAUGUGCUGCAAGGUGGCCUUGCCCAGCAGGAGUGGAGAGUGCCGGAGCUGUUGCACAGACUGCUGAAGUACUUGGAACCCAAACUCACCCAGGUUUACAAAAAUGUCAGGGAAAGAAUAGGGAGCGUGCUGACCUACAUAUUUAUGAUAGAUGUUUCUUUGCCAAAUACUGCGCCAACAGCAUCCCCUCGAGUCCCUGAGUUUACUGCUCGAAUUCUAGACAAACUGAAACCCCUCAUGGAUGUGGAUGAAGAAAUUCAGAACCAUGUUAUGGAAGAAAAUGGAAUUGGUGAAGAAGAUGAACGAACUCAAGGCAUUAAACUCUUAAAAACUAUAUUGAAAUGGCUGAUGGCUAGUGCAGGAAGAUCCUUCUCUACAGCAGUCACAGAACAACUUCAGCUUCUACCUUUGUUUUUUAAGAUUGCCCCAGUGGAAAAUGACAAUAGCUAUGAUGAACUGAAAAGAGAUGCAAAGUUAUGUUUGUCACUAAUGUCUCAGGGGUUGCUUUACCCUCAUCAAGUGCCUUUGGUACUUCAGGUGCUAAAACAAACCGCAAGAAGCAGUUCUUGGCAUGCUAGAUACACAGUACUGACCUACCUCCAGACCAUGGUAUUUUAUAACCUCUUUAUCUUCCUCAACAAUGAAGAUGCAGUUAAAGACAUCAGGUGGCUGGUUAUAAGUCUUUUGGAGGAUGAACAGCUAGAGGUUCGAGAAAUGGCUGCUACCACCUUAAGCGGUCUGUUGCAGUGUAACUUCCUUACCAUGGACAGUCCUAUGCAGAUUCAUUUUGAGCAACUUUGCAAAACAAAACUACCGAAGAAAAGAAAGCGGGACCCUGGUUUUGUAGGAGAUACAAUUCCUUCUGCAGAGUUGGUCAAACGUCAUGCUGGGGUGCUAGGACUCGGUGCAUGUGUUCUCUCUAGUCCUUACGAUGUUCCCACCUGGAUGCCCCAGCUCCUCAUGAACCUGAGUGCACACCUGAAUGAUCCGCAGCCUAUUGAGAUGACUGUAAAAAAGACCUUAUCCAAUUUCCGAAGGACGCACCAUGACAACUGGCAAGAACACAAACAGCAAUUUACAGAUGACCAGCUGCUGGUUCUCACUGAUCUCCUCGUGUCACCAUGCUAUUAUGCAUAGAAGGAUGAGUAGUCCUCACUUCAAGCUCUUUUCAUCAAAAAUUCCAGAUCCUCAGGUACCAUCUGUGGCGGCUCUCUGCAGGUUUUUAAGCCCCGCCUCUGUUGAGCUCUCAUCGGUUUGGUGGUUUUUGUGUUUGGUCUUAUUAGUCUACGUUCCACAGCCUCUCAGCUGCCAUUUGAUUACCUAACUUGUCUGGAAGUGUCUCCAGAAUACUGAUCACUUUUUCUUUGAGGCAUCUGACAAAGCCACAGAGUCUCCGACUAGAAAUAAUUACCCAAUAUGAUCAUGGCAUCCAAGGCCAAACGGAGUCUAGGAAAUCAUUAAGCAACAGUUCACUUGUAAUGGAGAAUGCCUGUCUGUAAUAUAGGUCCUGUCAUUUCAUUCAUCUCAAAUUAUCUUGAAUUUUUUCCAAAUGGCUGUUAAGUGGUAGAUGGUAGUAAGGCUGUGGGCCGUAAAUCGAAGCAUGAGAGCUUUGGGUCUGGAGAGCCAAGAAGAGGGAAGGAAAAGAGGGCAAGUCUGGAGCCUAACCAAGGACCUGAUGGAUCACUCCACCAACACACAGAAGUGAAGUCUGUGUCCACGUGCUUCCCACAGACUGGAGUUUUUGGUGCUGAAUAGAAAGAGCAGUUGCUGAAAAACCGGGGGUUUGGUGAAUAAAUUUUUGAUUGAUUGUUGUGCGUGUAUACAAUGUGUGAUUUUGAAAAUAAACAACAACAACAAUAAAAACCCUGACUGAUUGAUUUUUACCUAUAUUCUUUGCAUAUACUGUUUGACCCUCUUUGAAAACUGUUAUACUUCACCUAAUGGAAAACUGCUGUGUAUGUGGAAAUUUCGUAAUUUUCUUUCUAUCUAUUUUGGGGUUUUUUUUGUUUUGUUUUUUUUUUUGCCUGCAGAAUCGUUGAGAGACUAAUGAGUCUUUAUAUUUAAUUGACUUGUUUAAUAAAUGUUAUAUAGAUGUAAAAGACUGUAUAAACUGUAGAGAUAGUAUUGGCAAGACUUUGUACAGAUGCAACCUUUUACACAGCACCAGUGUGUAAUUAAUUUGUAAAGAUUCACAUGUAGCUCUUUAUUAUAGUAAUUUUUGGCUUUUGUACCAAUUGAAUGCCAUUUUUUGUGUUUUUAAAUUAUUUUCUCUAUCUUUUCAUGUUACAAAAGCUGAGGUGUGGGGGUUUUGUUUGAGUUCACUUAGCGUUAGAAUGUCUGGAUUUUUAUGUAACUUUUGUGUGUGCAUCCUUAAAUGCAAACACCACAUGUUUGCCUGUGACAAAUUUAUAGAAUGCAAGGUAUCUUCUAGGUUAAAAUAAUUCACAAGUUGGUGAAUGUCAUCUUGGAACACACCCUGUACAGUCUUCCUUAAAGGAACACUACCAUAUAUUUUUUAGUACCUACUUGCUGAAUGACCCAGUACAGACCUAAGCACAGCAGAGGUCCUGGUACAGAAUUGAAUUGUCAGCAUACACAGGCCUAAUCCCUGUAUAGAGUAGUGCCAAGCCAAUUAUUUCAAUUGUGUAACUAGUUUAAAACCCAAUAAAUGGAUUGUUUUUAACA